AUAUAUAACAAAAUAAUGGGCUGUCAAGAUGACUUAGGGAUCCAGGUGGUGAAGGCACACGCCUUUAAUCCCAGCACUUGUGAGGCAGAGGCAGGUGGAUCUCUGCGAGUUCCAGGCCAGCCUGGUCUACAGAGUGAGUUCCAGGACAGCCAGGACUACACAGAGAAACUGUCUCAAAAAACCAACCAAGCAAACCAAGAAAAGAUGUCUCAGGGAGUAAAGGGCCUUGUCACCAAGGCUGAGAACUUAAAUUUGAUCCCUGGAUACCCACCCCCCCCCAUUUAUAUACAGUAAAGAAAUGUAAGGAAUGGUGGGGGUGCAAGCCUUUAAUUCCAGCACUUGGAAGGCAGAGGCAGGCAGAUUUCUGAGUUCGAGGCCAGCAGAUCUGAGUUCAAGGGCAGCCUGAUCUACAUAGUGAGUUACAGAUCUGCUAAUGAGACCCUGUCUCCAAAAUAUAAAAUAACAAAAAAUAAAUAAAUAAAAGAGUAAAUAAAUGUAAAAAAAAAUGUUAAAAUAGCAACCGACUUCACUGGGAAGAAUACAAGAACUCAGACUCUUCCAGCCGAGCACAUGGUGCCUUCUCUCGGGGUUUCCCAGAGAGGAAACCAAGGGCAGCAUGGUGGUGGGGCUGGCUUCCGGGAAGAAGAAAUGUGUGUUCUGGUCUGAGGCGGGCCAAGCCGUGUCCUGUCAGACCCUGGGAUGUAGUAGCUGCUUCUAAGUCCUGAUUCCUCCUUCAAUGUCACGUUACUCCUCAGCCUGCCUUAUAGGAGGAUGGGAGGAUAUGGAAUUUGUUGUAUUAUUAGGGGAAUGAGAAGAAAAAACACUGAAGUUAUGAAUCAGGGUGACUCGAUUACGAUUCUUCCUCCUCCCCACGACACUUAUAUUUAAAAUCUGAAAAACAAAGUGAGCAAAUUCAAAAGUAGCAAUAAGUCUCAGCCUCUAUGAUCUGCAAAGAGAGAGAGAGGAAAAACAGAAAUAUCUAUCCCAGAAAGGCGGAGAGAGGAUGCUGCACUGACUUUUUACACCUCCAUGAGGAGGACCAUAACGGACACUCACACACUAUGCGAUGAUUGCUAAUAACGCCCUCUCUGAGCAGAUUUCACCUCACCUAAAAUGGAACAUGUACGGCAGGCAUGCUGUGGUUCGAAGGGCCAAUCAAGGCAAUAAAUUAGGAAGCAGCCGUCUCAUUAAACACUGCAACAUUACUCUACAGAGACCUCCCUCCUCCUGCCGCUGGAGGGCGCUGUCUCUCUAAGUCCCGGCAGGCUGGAGCCAAUCGCGUGCUGCAGAAGUUCUUUAAAGCCCAAAGGAGGGAGUUCAGCCCGAGAGAGGGGGCGGGGAAGGGGCGUGCCUUCCAACCAAUCAGAAUCCCUGGGAGCCCGCACGUCUGUGCGAAACUCUGUUGGCCAAUGGUAGGGGGUGGGAUGGGAGGCGGGGCGGCUCCCGCUGUGUGACAGCUGUGCCGACCAAUGGGAGUGCGGCCCGUUGCCUAUAAGAGUCAGCUGGGCCACCGCCACCUGGCUCUAAGGUCUGUUAGUCCUAGCCGCCGUCGGAGGUGUCCCCUGGGUUUGCCUCGCCGCCGCCGGGUCCCCGCACCCCGCCCCCAGCCUCGGCCGGUGCGCCGCCGCUCUCACUGCUCUCCUCGCCUUUAACCAUUCCCGGGUUUCUGCCGUCGGGGCGCCGGGGCCGGGCGAAUGAUGCCGUCGGAGAGUGGAGUUGAGAGCCUGGAGCGGCCAGCUGCGCAGGUGGGGAUGGAUGCGGCCUCGGCAGUGGCCACGGCUGGGGCGGCCGGCGGCGGCCCGGACCCGGAGGCCUCCUCGGCCUCUCCGGGACGGCACCAGAGCCGACUGAGCUGGCCACAGGUGAAGCGGCUGGACGCGCUGCUGAGCGAGCCGAUCCCCAUUCACGGGCGCGGCAACUUCCCCACGCUGAGCGUGCAGCCCCGGCAGAUCGUGCAGGUGGUCCGCAGCAGUCUGGAAGAACAGGGAUUGCAUGUGCACAGCGUUCGACUGCACGGCUCGGCCGCCAGCCACGUGCUGCACCCGGACAGUGGCCUAGGCUACAAGGACCUGGACCUGGUGUUCCAGAUGGACCUGCAGAGUGAGGCAUCCUUCCAGCUAACCAAGGCAGUGGUCCUGGCUUGCCUGCUGGACUUCUUGCCAGUGGGAGUGAGCCGGGCCAAGAUCACGCCACUGACACUGAAGGAGGCCUAUGUGCAGAAGCUGGUGAAAGUAUGCACAGACCUGGACCGCUGGAGCCUCAUCUCGCUAUCCAACAAGAGUGGGAAGAACGUGGAACUCAAGUUCGUGGACUCCGUGAGGCGCCAGUUUGAAUUUAGCGUUGACUCCUUCCAGAUCAUCCUGGACUCCCUGCUGCUCUUCGGCCAGUGCUCCUCCACACCAAUGUCAGAGGACUUCCACCCAACCGUGACAGGCGAGAGCCUCUACGGGGACUUUGCCGAGGCCUUGGAGCACCUGCAGCACCGCGUCAUUGCCACACGCAGCCCUGAGGAGAUCCGUGGCGGUGGCCUCCUCAAGUACUGCCACCUCCUGGUGCGGGGCUUCCGGCCACGGCCCAGCACUGACGUCCGCGCCCUACAGCGAUACAUGUGUUCCCGCUUCUUCAUCGACUUUCCGGACCUGGUGGAGCAGAGGCGCAUUCUGGAGCGCUACCUGGAGGCCCACUUCGGCGGAGCAGACGCCGCCCGCCGGUAUGCUUGCCUUGUGACGCUGCACCAGGUGGUCAAUGAGAGUACCGUGUGCCUCAUGAGCCACGAGCGCCGCCAGACCCUGGACCUCAUCACCAUGCUAGCCCUCCAGGCGCUGGCUGAGCAGGGCCCUGCUGCCACCGCUGCCUUGGCCUGGCGACGUCCAGGCUCUGAUGGGGUUGUACCAGCCACUGUUAAUUACUACGUGACCCCCAUGCAGCCUCUGCUGCCCCGGGCUCACUCCUAUCCCACCUGGCUGCCUUGCAACUGACUCUGAUCCUGGCCAGAAAGGAAGGAGCUUCAUGGGGGGUGGGGCAAGGUCAUCAGGUAUAUUAUGUGGAGGAUGUGACCAGACACAGGCUGCCUGUGCCAGCUGGCCCAGUACUAUAGGGUUGGACCUGUGAACAGCCCAGGCCUUUCCUGCAUGAGGCUCCUAUGGACUUAGAGCCAAGUCAGGUUCUUGACAGGAGGGCCGUCUGGUCAUUGCACCGCACUCUUGGGCCUGCGUGACGUGGGUCACUGAGGCUACUUGCCUGGAAAGAACAAAGUCAGCUGGGUGGCAGUCUCAGUAGCAACACCUUGGGUGGAUUUCCAUGGCCAGGAUGAGGUCAGCCCACAGGGACCCAGAAGCCCCUACACUGGCUAAAAUAUGACAUCAUGUAACAGGAACACUCACUUGGGGUCUAGCUGAAUGACUCAGAGCCUCGUGGCCCAGCCUCGCUGACCAUUAGGAAGAGGUCAACUGAGGCAUGAGGCAGCUCCCUGGGUGUUUGGAGGGAUGGGAAUUUAGUCUCCUGCAACUUAUAUGGACUUCUUGAGGUGCUGAGAUAUAUAUAUAGUGGACAGGUUCUAAACAGCCACGAUAGGAUGCAACCCAUACACCUCCCAGGAACCCCGCCAUCUGCACACUUACACGUCGGAGGCUGUUGGGUUCACUUGCUCGGUUAUAGGGUUUUCACAUGGGGAGGGAGGCACACCCCGGCUCGUUGCCCAUUUCUCUAGAUUUGCUGUGUUGCACACUCUUCCCGCCAAUAAAAAUUGUCGACACUGAGCAUAACUGUACGCUUUCUCCUGGGGUAAGGAUCUCUGUGACAGGGGGGUGGCACUACCUCCCCAGUCUGUUUGGCUCGUAUUGUGGGAGGAGCCAAGGAGUGGCUGUGGAGUGUCCCUCCUGUCCACAGCCUGACAGCUAAGAUAUGGGAGUGUGGCUGGUCUCCAUGUUGCCUCAGCAAGUCUAGACCUCUCAUGUUCAAGGGGAUUUAUAUAUCCAUCUCUCCAGCCUGAAACUGGCCUUUGGUGAGCAGGUCUGCCCACUCCGUCUCCCCAGGAAGCAAGCAGGGUGAAUCUGAACUGGAAUGGAAACUGAGGCUGGGGGACUUGGAGGGUACCCAGAGUCCAUGUAGGGUCUCCCUAGCAAGCUUUAGCUCAUUGUAAACAGGUCCCUGUAAAUAGGUCCCCUGGAGAGGGGCUGCGGUCUCUCUGAACCCAGCAGUGCCAGCUUUUGGGGAGCUGUUCCCUCAGGGCAUUGGCCACUCACCUCUGAACGCUGCCCACUGUUUACCCUGCCUCUUUGAUCUGGGGAUGGCAAAGCUUUUUAACAUAUUCAGCCUCAUUAGGCUCCUCUGAAGUGGUGGCUUUGAUAGUUCCAGUCAGGGUGGAAAAAAAAGGCAGCAAAGGAGACCCCGGGUCACCAGAGGGAGUCCUCACCUGCUCUGUGGGUUUGGCUAGGUGCCUCAGUUCCUUCUGCUCAUGCCUCUAAAUGGCUGGAAGGGCAACUGAAAAGGCUUUCCUACCCCACGCAGCUGUGGUCACCUAAGGGGCUGAGAGAGACAACUUAUCCUACCUCCUGAUUUAGCCACAAUCAGGAGCCUGGACCUGAGCUGGGAACAGUGUAAGCACAGCAGGUUCAGUGGGGUGGGGUGAGGGUUCACCCGGAUGUGCUUGGUUCAGAUGAGAGACCCAGAGGUCCUGGUCUUGGUGUGCGUGCACUGUCUGAGCUCAACCGUAUGCCUGUUAUGGUUCUGGGUUUUGCCUGUUAUGGUUCUGGGUUUUAGGAUCCCUACCCUGUGACAGUUACACCCUAAUAAGGUAAACAGUGUGGUCUUAGAAGGUCAGCAAUGCAUAAAAAUGUAACAAGGGACUUUAAUUCAGACAAGGUGCCCCUCAUUGAAAGAUGGUAUUUGAUUGAACAGACUUACAGGUUCUGGGAAGUGAGCCAUGUAGCUGUCUGGAGAAAGUGUUCUGGGCCAAGGGAACUUGUCUGUGAAUGUACACGUGCCCUGGCAGGCAUGUCUGAAGGAGGGCACGUGUGCCUGAGGAUGUCUGGCCGGUCCUGUGUGGGUGUGGGUACUCUCUGGAGCCGGUACGCACACGUGCAUGGAUGUGAGGAAGUGCGCUCCGG